UUCACGCAAGCGCAGUGCCGCCACAAACUAGGUUAGGAGUGCACGUGUUUUGCUCUUAUUAAAUUUAGUAUUUUAAACUGUCUGUGAUAGUGAUUUAUUGAAAAUGAAACCUGUGAAUCUUAUGGAAGUGGACAGUGAAGGGUUCAAGCGGUUUAUCGAUUCGUUCGAUCAUGUGUUCUCGGAUUGUGACGGAGUAAUAUGGUCAAUAGAGCCCAUGCCGGGUGCUGGAACAUUCUUCGAUUUGAUGAAAAGUCUUGGCAAAACCGUACAUUUUGUGUCAAACAACAGUCUUCGGAGCAGACAGAACUAUGAAGCCCAAUUCAAAGCUGCCGGUAUAGAAAAUGGUUUUGAAAACCUCACAAUACCAUCAACAGCAAUAGCGGAAUAUUUGAAAUCAGUGAACUUUAAGAAAUCAGUAUAUUGCGUAUCCUGCCCUGAGACUAUUUCAGUUUUAGAAUCACAAGGAUUCAAAUGUAAAGAAGGCCCAGACCUUGCGGCGGACUAUUAUGCGGAUUUCCUGCAAUACCUUGAAGAUGACAUGGAGAUAGGUGCCGUGGUGUUUGACAGUGAUUUCAAAGUGAACAUGCCGAAGAUGUACAAAGCCAUCACGUACCUGCGGAGGCCAGAUGUUAUCUUCAUCAGCGGGGCUACGGAUAAAUACGUGCCACUCAAACCUGGAGUCUUGUCCUUAGGCACUGGUAUAUUCACGGACAUAGUGCGAGAGGAGUCAAAACGGAAUCCAAUACAGCUGGGGAAGCCGGGCCGGGUGUUCGGAGAGUUAGCUAUGAAACGCGCCAACGUCAGCGAUCCGUCGCGGGUGCUCUUUAUUGGAGAUAUGAUCGAGCAAGACGUCGGUCUUGGGAAAGCUGUCGGCUUCAACACGCUUCUCGUUUUAACCAACAACACAAAAGAGCAAAUGUUAAAUCACACAAUACAACCAGACUUUUACGCAGAUUCGUUAGGCAGUUUAGUACCAGUGAUAAAGGAUAAAGCAUUUUGAUGCUGCAUUUCUAUACUCUCAAAUCUAGACGCUUUUGACUGAGGCCAGUAAAAUAGCAUAGGCUAACAACGGUCUCUUUAAAAAUUUAAAGUUAAUUAUUGUUGUAAAGAAUAUUUUUAUUGUCAUUUAGUAAAUAUACUAUUCUUGUUUUGAUUUCAUUAAAAUAUGAUUUUUAUGUAAUAAUUUCCACUCUAGCUCUGUCAAUGUCUGUAAGAGUCACAUCUUAAAUAAUUUAAUAGAUAACUCUUGAAAUUAGGAUUUCAGAUAAUUUUUCGUCGUCAAAACGAAACGAACAUUAGCUAAGCCAUUUGAAUAUUGCAACAUAUAGGUACCUAUAACAAUUAAUACUCUUUAUGCAAAAUCAUUGGCCCUACUGUGUUCCUUAUUUUAAAUCUUCAUAUACAAUUUAAUAUUAUAAUUUAUUCCUUCAUCCUUCAAAAAUCUGGUGACCUAUGCAAAUGUUCAUGGCCUGUGCAGUGCCAAGACGAACCACCAACCUGUUUGCCUAUUCCAACGUUUCAAAUAUCACUAAAAAGUAAAAACAACUUCAAAACAUUUCUAUUUUAACCAUGUCCAAAGAGGCGAAACAAAAAUGUAUGUACUUACAUUGUUUAGUGAAUACAAUACAAUAAAAGCAUUUAAUUCA